CACCGUUUUACUUCCUGUUAGAAAUCUCAACAACAGAACCGAAGCGCUGAAGCUAAACAACACUAGCAGCUUUUGGUCAACAAAUGUUAAUGUAGCAACAAUACUGCGUACUAACAAUGAUUCCAUACACUGUCAACAUCAAACUCGCGGCUCGGACUUUGACUGGCACUCUCCAUUUGCAGAAUAAAACCGCUGUAGAUUGGGGUUGGCAGGGGCUGAUAGCUCAGGGAUGUCACUCCAGUAUUCUCAUCAUCGAUCCAAAGACGUCUCAGACCAUCCAGGUGCUGGAGAGGCACAAAGCUAACGUGGUCAAGGUGAAAUGGUCCAGGGAGAACUACUACCACAACCAGAGCUCUCCCUACUGUCUGCGGCUGGCCUCAGGUGACGCCUCAGGGAAGAUCAUAGUGUGGGAUGUCGUCAGCGGCACUGCCCAUUGUGAGAUCCAGGAACACUCUAAACCUAUCCAGGACUUGGAGUGGUUAUGGAAUCAGGAUGCAUCUCGUGAUUUACUGUUAGCCAUCCACCCUCCCAACUACAUCGUGCUGUGGAACGGAGACACGGGGACCAAGCUGUGGAAGAAAAGCUACGCUGAGAACAUCCUCUCCUUCUCUUUUGACCCCUUUGACCCCUCCAAUAUGGCAUUGCUGACCAGUGAAGGAAUAGUCUUCAUCACGGACUUCUCCCAUUCUAAACCGCCGGGAAGCGCAGGUAAAAAGGUCUACAUCGCCAGCCCUCAUGCAAGCCCCGCCCACACCAAGCCUGCCCCAGCCGCUACCCCGGCCCCCACAGGCGCCAAGAAGGCCCUCAACAAGGUCAAAGUGCUCAUCACCAAUGAAAAACCCACUGCGGAGGCGGUGACGUUGAACGACUGUCUGCAGCUGUCCUACCUGCCGUCCAAGAGGAACCACAUGCUGCUGCUUUACCCCAGAGAGAUUCUCAUCCUGGACCUGGAGCUCAGCCAGACCGUGGGUGUGGUGGCCAUCGAGCGCUCCGGGGUGCCCUUCAUUCAGGUGAUUCCCUGCGCUCAGCGGGACGCGCUCUACUGUCUCCAUGAGAACGGCUGUAUCACCCUCCGAGUGUGUCGCUCUACUACAACCCAAGAGGAAGCAACAGACCCAGAGCAGAGUACCCACGAGCUUUUGUACGACCUGCGUUCUCAGUGCGAUGCCAUCCGCGUCACCAAGACAGUCCGGCCAUAUCGCAUGGUUAUCUGCCCCGUCAACGAAAACAGCGCUGCGCUAAUGGUCAGCGACGGCAGAGCCAUGCUGUGGGAGCUCAAAGCCCACACCGGCAGGGCUGUCACCAAUCAAAGUUCUGGGCUCUCGCCGCUCUACACCCCCAUUUCAUUUUGUGGAUCUCCACUGGGCACGAACCAGAAAAGGAUUCAGGAUCUCUCUCUCAACAGCAUGAUCGGUCAGACCUUGAUAGCUGGUGAGGCUCUUCCUCCAUCAUCCAUCCAGCAGGAGGUCCAGUUGAAGUUCCUGCUGACAGGCCUGCUAUCCGGUCUGCCACUGCCACCAUUUGCGAUCCGCAUGUGUCCCCCCCUAACCACCAAAAACAUCAAUCACUACCAACCCCUGCUGGCUAUAGGCACCAGUAAUGGGUCUGUGCUGGUCUAUAACCUGACCAGUGGUCUCCUCCACAAAGAACUCAGUGUCCACUCUUGUGAAGUCAGGGGAAUUGAGUGGGUGAGUCUUACCAGCUUCCUAUCUUUUGCUACUUCUGCACAGAACAACAUGGGCAUGGUGCGCAAUGAACUGCAGCAUGUGGACUUGCUUACGGGCAGAUGCUUUGCAUUCAGAGGCGAGCGAGGAAACGACGAGCCACCCAUUGAGAUGAUUAAAGUGUCUCACCUCAAGCAGUACCUGGUGGUUGUGUUCAGAGACAAACCGCUGGAGCUGUGGGACACCAGGACAGGGACGCUUCUCCGGGAGAUGGCAAAGAACUUCCCCACUGUUACUGCACUGGAGUGGUCCCCGUCCCACAACCUGAAGAGCCUGAAGAAGAAGCAGAUGGCAGCGAGGGAAGCCAUGGCUCGGCAGACCGUGUCAGACGCCGAGCAGAGUAGCGUGGAAUCUUCAGUCAUAAGUCUCCUGCAGGACGCAGAGAGCAAGUCAGAGACCAGUCAAGCCAUCUCAGCCAGGGAGCACUUUGUGUUCACGGACACAGACGGGCAGGUCUACCACAUCACCGUCGAGGGCAACACAGUCAAGGAUGGUGCACGAAUUCCCCCUGAUGGCAGUAUGGGCAGUAUCGCCUGCAUUGCUUGGAAAGGCGACACCCUGGUCCUCGGGGAUGUGGACGGCAAUCUCAACUUCUGGGACCUCAAAGCUCGUUUGUCCAGGGGAAUACCAACCCAUCGUGGCUGGGUGAAGAAGAUCCGCUUCGCCCCGGGGAAGGGCAACCAGAAGCUGCUGGUGAUGUACACAGAUGGAGCAGAGGUCUGGGAUACCAAAGAGGUCCAAAUGGUGAGCAGCAUGCGGAUCGGACGCAACGUGAACUACCGCGUCCUGGACAUCGACUGGUGCACGUCAGACAAGGUUGUUCUGGCCUCUGACGACGGCUGUAUCCGAGUUCUGGAGAUGGCCAUGAAGUCCGCCAGCUACCGUAUGGAUGAACAGGACCUGACCGAUCCAGUGUGGUGUCCCUACUUGCUGGUGCCCCGUGCUGCCCUCACCCUCAAGACAUUCCUCCUGCUGCAGCCCUGGUCAGGAACCUUCACCAUGGACAUCACUCAAGUAGACUACAACGAGAAAGAUGAGAUAAAAGGCCUGAUCCAGGAGCAGCUCAACGCCAUGUCUAAUGAUCUGAAGAGCGUGCUACAAGACCCGGAGCUCAGCCUGCUGCAGCGCUGCCUCCUGGUCUCACGGCUGUUCGGUGACGAGUCGGAUCUUCACUUCUGGACUGUGGCGUCCCACUACAUCCAGUCGUUCGCUCAGGCCCGUCUGUCCACCCCAGAUGGGCAAAGUGAAGGAACCCAGCCGCCGCCUCAGAACCACCUGGACAUCUGCAAUGACAUCCUGUGUGAGAGCUCUUACUUCCAGAAGUUCCAGUUGGAUCGGGUCCAUCUGCAGGAGGUGAAGCGCUCCAGUUAUGAACACACCAAGAAAUGUGCGGACCAGCUCCUCCUGCUGGGUCAGACGGACCGAGCGGUGCAGCUACUGUUGGAGACUAGCGCAGACAACUCCAGCUACUACUGUGAUUCACUCAAAGCCUGCCUGGUGACCACCAUCACCUCCUCAGGCCCCUCACAGUCCACCAUCAAACUGGUGGCCACGAACAUGAUCGCCAAUGGCAAGCUAGCAGAGGGCGUCCAGCUGCUGUGUUUGAUUGACAAGGCGGCGGAUGCGUGCCGCUACUUGCAGACCUACGGGGAGUGGAACCGCGCCGCCUGGCUGGCUAAGGUGCGUCUGAACCCAGCGGAGAGCUCAGAUGUGCUGAAGCGCUGGGCAGAGCAGCUGUGCUCCCCGCAGGUCAACCAGAAGUCCAAAGCCAUCCUGGUGUUGCUGUCGCUGGGCUGCUUCUAUAAAGUAGGAGAGAUGCUGCACAGUAUGCGGUACUUUGAUCGCGCCGCCCUCUUCAUCGAAGCCUGUCUGAAGUACGGGGUGAUGGAGGCCGAUGACUCUUCCAAUAAACUAAUCAAGUCAGCAUUUCUGGAGUACGCUCGGCUGCUGCGCUCCCUGGGCCUGCGUGAGGGCGCUGCUCUGUGGGCGUCCCGGGCCGGCAGCGCUGGGGAGCAGCUGAUGGAGGAGCUGUUCCAGGGGGAGGGCAGCAUGCCAGGGAGCGUUCUUGGCGAAGACAAAGUGGAGCUGGGCCAGGAGAGCACCGAGUGACCUCUGAAAGAACGGGAGGUUGGAAGGAGAACGGAUGAUGGUGCAAAUCAAGGGUCGGCCUAUCAUUCGAACUUCUAUACAUUGACCAUUGUGAGUGAACUCUGUCAGCGCCCAGAGGAGAUGUGAGAUUUCCUCCAUGUGGACACUCCCUGUUUCUGUGGCUACGAAUAGUUUCUUAAUGUUUGCUAUGACGUGUGUGUGUUUGUGCACAUUAGUGAAUGCAUGCAACAUCCCCAAAAAAAACACACUUCUGUCCUGAUUCCCCCCCGGCACUUGAAGUGAUACACCUUGUGUUUUUGUUGGUUAACGUAUUUAACUCAGUAGGUUUCUUUUUUAUGGUUGCUUGGUAAGCUUUAUUUCACGUGCCUGUGUUAAUGACUUCAAAACGCUGUUGUAGCUCUACAGGUUUAAUUUGCCUUUUCUCUGCUGAGUUGAAAUGCGGGAGUUGAUUCAUCCAAAAAUAAUAUGUUCCAUAUUUCAUUUGCACUGCCCUUGACGGCCCACAUUAAUUAACUACUCUGUGACAGGAUUCCCAAACAAUUUUUUUGCACUUAAAUGAACCAAAAAAAACCCCAUUAUUAGCUGACACUGAUUCCCCGACGCUUUCUGUAACAGAGAAACAAAAUUUCUCUAGACAGACACACAACAGACUGGGUGUUCCAGCCUCAGCAGGUGGUUCUGUAUAAUUGAUUGACCAAAGCCUGCUACCUCCCAGCCUCCACAUGUUGAGCGGCAGGAGACUUAGCCAGGCCACCUUGCUCCUAUUCCAUUAGAAUAUAAUGUCCCUGAGCACAGAGGGGAUAGGAGUGAUGCCAUUUAACUAGCUUGUGUAGAGUUCACAUUAGUUGAAUAGAUUCUGGUCAACCCAUUCCAGGAUUUUUUUAUUUUCUACUUUUAUGAAACCUUGAAAAGAAAAACUGCUCUCCAUGUUCUUUGAUGUUUGCUGUUAUUCUCUGGUGUGUAUUACAAGAAAAACGUGUCAUUUUAAUCAGACCUCUGACAUCAAUUACACACAAAUGGUUAUCUGCGCUGGCCAUCACAAAUACAAAAGCAGACACACACAUUUUAGGAUAUGACCCACUGCCAUCCAUUCUGCUUUUUGGACCAUGAAACUCCUAAUGACAAUACAAAAUUCAUAUUAAGUGGAUGUGUGUUUGAUUGCCAUGUUACGUGUUUAGUGGUCCCGAAACGAGACAGUAACUCUAUCCUUGGGACCGUUUUUUUGUGCGUUAUUGUGUUUCAUAAACACGUCAGUGCUGUUUCUGUUGUGUUGCGUAUAACCCCGGGCAGAGUCACUAUGGCAACCCAAGCCUAUUUUAGGGCACUACAUGCUCCUGUAGAUCCAUUUCACUCCCACUUACAUACUGUAGGAUCUCACAACCCAGCAGAUAAUCAGCUGUAGUUUACCCGAUGCUGUGUUUCUUCCUCCAAUCACGUGCUGCAGUAUUGUGCGAUGAGCUGUACUUCCUCUUUAUGACUAGUGUGAUUAACACAGAACAAACUAUAACCUAUUUUCAUUGUUUUUUGUUCAUUGUCUGUACAGUGAUCCUAAUACUUUAAGCUGUAUAAAUAUGACAAGAGAAAAAAAAAGAUAUGUAUAUAUGGAUGGAAAUAAAAUCAAUAUUAUUAGCUUUA